AGGACUGCACAGCGGAACAUGGCUGGUAAAAAUGCUUUGGUGGUGCUGGCUCACCAGGAACGGACUUCAUUUAGUUACGCCAUGAAGGAGGCAGCUGUGGAAACCCUGAAGAAGAAAGGCUGGACCGUCACAGUGUCUGACCUCUAUGCCAUGAAGUUCAGCCCUCUUGUGUCACGGGAUGACAUCACAGGAAGUCCGCGUGAUCCCGAGAACUUCAAAUACCCAGCCGAGUCCAUGCAUGCCUACAAAGAUGGUCGUCUGAGCAAAGACAUUGUAGAGGAACAGAAGAAGCUGCACGAUGCCGAUCUGGUGAUAUUUCAGUUCCCAAUGUAUUGGUUCGGACUUCCAGCUAUUCUGAAGGGCUGGUUUGAUCGGGUGUUAACCAGCGGAUUUGCAUACAACCAGUCGGAAAUGUUCCAAAAUGGGCCAUUCAAGAAUAAAAAAGCCAUUCUCUCAUUCAGCACCGGAGGCCUGGAGUCCAUGUACUCGAUAACUGGGGUCAGCGGGGAUAUUAAUGUCAUACUCUGGCCCAUCCAGAGAGGAAUCCUGAACUUCUGUGGCUUCCAGAUACUCGAACCUCAGAUCAGCUACAGCAUUGCGCACACACCUCCCGAGAAACGCUCCCUCAUCCUGCAGGCCUGGCAGGCUCGUCUGGCCAAGGUCUGGGAGGAGAAACCCAUCAGCUUUGUGCCCAAUGAGGAUUUUGACUUCUCUUUUGCCGGCGGGUUUGUACUAAAGAAGGAAGUGGUGGAGAAGCACAAGGACCAUUAUGGACCCAGCGUGGGACAGCACAUGGGAAAGCCUCUGCCGCCUGACAGUCAGCUGAAAGCGGGCAGCACAAGGCUCUGAGAUGUGUGUGUAUUGCCGAU